UGAUUGCUAAAGCGGCUCCGCCUUCAAGUGGGCAAGCGAACGGGAUCGCCACGAUGCUGCUUCGCCGGUGGAUAGCGCUCGCGCUGGUCCUCGCGGCCUCGGCCCUCGGCGCCGACGUCAACGACACGAUCCUCAACACGACGCAGGUCGUCUCGCCCGCGGCUGCCUGCCCGCUCCUCCUCUGCGAUCCGAUCGCGUCGUCGCCAGCAGCGUGCGUCGUCGCGGCGCCCAUCACGUUCGAGUGCUACGACGCGCCGCUGCUGUGCAACUGGGAGACGCCGCGCGACGUGGUGCUGAACGCGGCCAUCUCGAUGACGUCCAACAGCACGUCCUGCGACGUCGAGGUCGUCUGGCGCAUCGCUGGUCGCGCCCACUUUACCGAGAACGCGUCGAUUGCCGUCACGACGCUCAACCUCUUUGCCGACGACUUUCACAUGUCGAGCGAUGGCAUCCUCUUUGCCGAGCACAACAUGACCAUCUCGGUCGAGAAACAGCUGCGCAUCGACCAAGACGCGUCGCUUGUCGCUGGUGGCGAAGAACCCGGCAAGUCGGGCGGGCACGUCAACAUGUCGGCGUCGUCGCUCAUCUUGCACGGAUCCAUCAAGGCGUCGGGCGGUGACGGCCAAUGCGUCGAUGGCGUCUGCUUGGCCGGUGGAGCCGGAGGCCAGGUCACGCUUAUCUACAACUCGAUCGCGGAGGAAAUUGGCCACAUUUACGUUUCGGGUGGCGCGAAUCCGCUCACGCUCUCGUCGCAAGUCGCGUCGUACAGCGGCAGCCGCGACGACCUCGACGACUCGAUCGUGCUGCCCGUGUGCCUCACGGGCGCGGCCGGCCGCCUCUUGCGCAUCCACACGUCGACCAACGGCACGCGCGACGGCGUCCUUCUCAUCUCGAACGCAUUCAACUCGAUGGACUACUUUGGCGACCUUUUGCCGCUGAGCAAGGUGCGGUGCGCGGUGACGCCACUAACCUUGUCCGAGAUUGACCCGAGCGUCAAGUCGGUGACGCUCGAGGCCGAAGCGCUCGUGCACUUUGAAGACAGCGCGUCGUGGGGGCUCCACGGCGACUCGGAGCUCAUCCUCGAAGACGCGACGCUGGUCGUCAAGUCGAAUGCGAUCCUCUCGGUGCUCGUCAAGCAGCUCGUGGUCCGGGGCACGUCGACUUUUGUGGCGCCGCACGGCCUGCACGUCUCGGCGGCGAUCGUUUCGAUCGACUUUGGCGCGCAAAUGCACCUCGGGUACUCUGCCACGUCGACGAUCCUCGCGUCCGACGGCAUCCACAUUGACGGCAACAUUACGAGCAACGUCGCGGCGGCGGUCUGGACCAACACGGACCCGACGGGGCAGCUCAUUCUCGAGAGCAAGAAGGACCUCGUCAUCUCGGGCUACGUGUCGAUGCCGACUGUGUACGCGGCGGCCGACGCGGCGCUCAUCGUCUCGGGCGAGCUCGAGUCGCGCAAGCGCAUGAACAAGACGGACCCGGUCGAGUAUCAGUUUUGCUCGAACAUGCACACGGCCGCAAGCAUUCUCAGCAACUAUACGAUCUCACUCUUUAGCGGCGGCCCGAUUGUCCUCGGGGCCGAAGCCAAGCCGGGCGCACUCACGGGCGCCGCCUUGCUUCUCUGCACGGACCACGCGGUCACGGUCGGCUCCAACUUUCGCUUGUCGUCGAGUGGGUUUGGGUACCCCGCCAACCACGGGUACGGCCACGGCGACUGCGCACACGCGCUUGGGUCCGGCGGCGGCUACGGCGGCAAUGGCGCCGACUCGUUUGUGACACGACGUCGGCAGCCAACGCCGAUUUCCAUGGCGAUCGGUGGGCUCUCGUACGGUACUCGCCCGAGCACGGGCCUCUUGGGGUCGGGUGGCGGGUGCGACGGCGGUGGCGCAGGUGGUGGUGUCAUUGUCCUUGGCGCCCACCAUCUCAACCUCAACGGCACGAUUGCCGCCGACGGUAUGAGCGGCAACAACGGCGCCGGUGGCGGCUCGGGUGGCUUUGUGAGUCUUGUCGUGCCGAAUGGUCUCAGCGGCCACGGGUCGCUCUCUGCCUCGGGCGGCAAUGCGUCCUGCGCUGACGAGCGCUUGACAGCCAACACGUCGCAAACGCUCUGCGGUGGUGGCGGCGGCGGUGGCCGACUGCGUCUCCAAGGCUGCACCGACUUUACCGAGUGCGCGAAUGAGUUUUCUGGCGAGUACCACGUGCAGGGUGGCAGUAGCGAUACCAAGCUGCCGGCCCCGAUCGGCAGCAUUGGGACGUACUUCGGGUUUCCGUGUCCGCCGGGGUACGGCGGCCUCCUCUGCCGCGCCUGCCCCAUCGGAACGUUCAAGGAAGAACGGGGCAGCGACGAGUGCAUUUCGUGCCAUAACGCGCCGCCCGACUCGCACUACACGAUGACAGGCGAAACCUCGACCGAGUGCGCGUGGUCGUGCGACCCGGGGUACACGGGGUCGCACUGCCUCUCGCCGCUCGAAGACUUUUUCGAGAUGUUUGGCGGCAAGCUCGUCGUCGGUGUCAUCGCGCUCGUGCUCCUCUUGAUCAUCGUUGCCGUCGGCUACAUCUUCAAGCGCGACCCGUACGUCAAGUACCGGACCGGUGGCGAGACGGACCAUUUGCUCGUGAUUCCGCCGGCCAAGCGCCCAUGGUACUCGCUGCGUUGCUGCCGCGUCGGCCACUGGAUCUGGCCCCGCGUCGGGUACCCCAAGCUCCAGGAGCGCGACUUGAAGGACCACAUUGCGCGACUGUACUUUUCGGGCAACAACACGCAGGAGGCGCCGCUGCUCUUGCGGACGACCGUGCCCUCGAUGCUCGAGCCGGUGCUCAACUCGAAAGAGUUUGCGGCGCUCGCCGUGCAGAUCAACAAGACGCUGGCGUUCUCCACGGGCGGCAGCAUUUUGUAUACGCUCGUGCGCUGGCUCUGCUACCCGUUUGCGUCGGACGUGCUGCUCUACCGCCGCCACAAAAAGUUUAACGCGCUCAAGCGGCUCUUGGCCAAGUACGACCACGCGUGCAUGAAGGGUCCGCGAGCCCGCGCGCUUCUCAACGCCGUCAAGGUCGGGUACAGCCACGACUACUCGCUCGCGUACCUCGAGCUCCUCCACAAGGAGUACAGCAGCUCGUCGUGCGUACCCAAGUCUGGUUGGCUGGUCGGGAAGCCUCGGCUGCCGCUCGUGUUGCUCUUUGCGGGCCUCGGUAGCUACGAGUCGCCGCUGUGUUUGGACCCGAACGACCUCCUCGUGCGGUCGCUGCCGCAAGCGCCAGAGCUGGACGCGUUCAUUGACGACCAGUGGAUCGAAGUCGUCGCCGAACUCAACGCGCUGCUGCGGAUUGUCGACACGAGCGACGACGCCGAGUGUGCGCUGCGCCUCCAAGCCGUCGCUGACUUUUGCCACGAUCAAGGUGUCAAGCGGUCGCUCGGUGGUCUCCAGAUGGCCCUCGGCCGGUUCUACCCACACGGCGACGCUAAGCUCGGCUUUCAAUGGGGUCUCUUUUUGACUACGACCAAGUACGAAGCCGCCAAGUAUGCGUCGGCCAACGAUCAGAUGAAGACGCAGCAAGCGCGGCGGCACGACUACUCGGCGCUGCCGUACCCCCAUGACGACCGCAACAGCAGUGGGAAGCGCAAGUCUGUGCACCGCCACUCAGUUAUUGGCGGCAUUCGUGAAGCAGCACUCUCGAGCCCACGGACGCUGGCGCAGGCCGCCGCGUUGAUAGCACCGCCGGCGCCCACCAAUCUCUAUGGCAACGCGAACAACGGUACCAACUCUACGAGCUCGACCAUGCCGCUUGGCAACAGCAGCGCUGGCGGCAGUCCCGCAGUCCGAGUGGCUGAUUACGUCGGCGCAAUCGACGAGUCGCUCCCGAUUCCAGGUGUCAUUAUGACAAGCGCCGACUUUCAGCAGCACGCGAUGCACGUGAUGGAGAAGGAGACGACGUCGCUUCGGCACCGGCUCUGGGCGCGCGUCAAGCCCGCGAACGUGGCCAAGCCGCCCGACACGUCGUUCCACGGCUGGGGCGUCUUCGUAGCGCUGAUCGUGCUCGUCAUCGCCGACCUCGUCACGACGAUGGGCAUGCUCGUGAACCUCAAGUGCGUCGAGAACGGAACAGAGGUCCCUGCGUGCACCAAGUCGGUGGUGUAUCCCGUCUUGCUAAUCUACCCGCUCGCGAUUCUCAUUGCGCCUGUCACGGGCAUCAUCUCGCUCGCCAUGGGGUCCGCGCCCUUUGCUCGCAAGUACGCUCUUUGGAACUCGUGCUCGCUCCUCAACGUGCUCGUGGCCAUCGUGAUCUGCUACCUCAAGUCCGACAAGCUCGUGGCGCUGUACGUGACGCGCCCGCUGCCGCUGCUGCCCGUGACGCUGCUGCUGCUCAAGGCCGGCGAGGCGUACGUUGUCAACAUUUACAUUGCCGACAUGGAGUCGAACCGGCGUCGGCGCGGGUGGCGCGGCCUCAUGAAGCGGCGCGACUCGGACACGUCGUCGCCCCCUGACUCGCCCUACAACUCGCCAGUGCAGAACCGACCGGACGCGCUCUUGUUUAUGCCGAAUUUCAAGGAGCCAAGCAGCGACGCCAAGGCUCGAUACGGGUCGCUGCCGACGACACACCACCAUUUUGGGAGCAUUUAGCAAGUCGAUCUAUACCAACUGUAAUCCUAAUGGCACACGUCAACCGAUACAAAAUGCACCGCUACGGCCGUGCUAGCAGCGCAACACAA